AUUAAAGUGUGGGACAUGAUAUGUCCAAUACAAUGAAAAAUGGUUGAGAUGAAUAGGCUGUUCAGCAAUCAGGAUUUCUUUUUACAUCAUCAGCAAUAUUUUUAAUACAGACUUAUUGGAAAAAAUAUUAAUGCGCAGUAUGAUGUCUAAGAAAGAAAAAAAAUGAAAACUCGGCAUAGAUACGAAAAACAUGUGAAGAAGAUUAAUCGCCAUUCAAACGUCUCAAUGCGAUAAGAAUAUAGUUCAAUCUUUUAUAUUGGAGGCUGUUGCAACAUUUGCGAAACAUAGUCAAUUUUUUGAGUUUCAGUUGAAUUUUGGCUGUAAUCCAGUUUUGAAGUUAUUUAAUUAAUGUCUAUUUUUAUUAGUGUUUUUGAAUAAAAUUGAAAUAGUUGAGUUCAUUUUCAGUGAAGGUGAACAUUUAAAAAAAUGAAAUUAUUUGUGUUAAUUCUGUGCCUCGGCACAGUUUUAGCUAUUGAUUAUAAUGAAUAUGACUACGAAGAUGACGGCGAUAGAGCAACUGAACUUUACGAGCAAACAUCCAUAUUACCUCCUCCAAAUGAGCUGAUUCUAUCGCCAUCAGAUGGUGGCAUCAUGCAGGACACAUACUCGAUUCCUCAAAGCAUAGAUUUCAGUUUGACUUGUGAAAUGACUGAUAAUUCACUACCAGAUGUUACUUUUCAAAGAGUUGGAGAGGACAGUCUUGGCUAUAAUGUACAACAGAAUGGUAAUGCCCUCAGAUUUUACAACAUCCAACCUCAUCAUCGGGGUAUUUAUCAAUGUACAUCUGUAUCAAAUGGUCAGAUAGUUAAAGCUAGUACGAUUAUUGAUGUGUUUGUGCUUGAUCGUACAGAGGUCAAAAUCUAUCCACCUGAACCACAAGUGGUGCAAGUAGGAGACUACGUAAUACUCAAAUGUCGAGUCGUCUCUGGAAAUUCAUCACGAACAUUGAAAUGGACACGCAAUGAUCCAAAACUACUAUCAGACCGCGUCGAAGAAAAAACUGAUGGCACCAUUUUGAUUUCAAAUAUAACAGCUGCUGAAGCUGGUGAAUAUGUGUGUCGUGAUGAAUAUGGAAAAAUAAACGAAACCACCACAAUAACCAUUCAACAAACCCUUUCGAUCGGUAUUUUACCGAAUUUGCCCGAAAUUACUCUAGUCGAGGGUGAUAAAUUGAAUUUGUAUUGUUUUUCUGAAUUUUCAUCCACUCUAAAGUGGUACAAACUCGAUUCUACAGAUCGAUAUAAACCUAUGGAAGAAUUUCAUUCUGGUAUACAAUAUUCGGCAACGUAUAUAAAGCACAAUGUCAGUCAAAAUGAUGAAGGAACAUACAUUUGCCGUGCCAAUAAUAGGAAUGGAAGAACUGAAAAACAGAUUAAAGUUUUAAUUCGACCGAAACAAAACGAUUUCAUAAUGGAUUCUACUAUGCAUCUAUGUGAAAAUAAUGGUAUUUACGAAACCAACGACGGAUCGUGCAAAUGUCCAAUCCAUUUUACUGGAAGAUUUUGCGAACAUUUUACACCGUCCGUAUACUCCAGCCAUUACAAAGGAAACAGUUACAUUGAAUUGAACAGCUCAGCUGUUGUUGGAGCUGAAUUUCAAUCUGUCAUAUCAUUUGGUAUGGUCUUUCGCACAUCUGAAUUAAAUGGUCUAUUGGUUUGGUACGGACAAAAUGAUGAUAAGGCAUUCGAUGUACAAGACUGCAUGGCAUUGGCUGUCGUCGACGGUUACUUGGAAUUUUCACUGCAGUUGGAUGGUCAAGAAAUGACUAUCAAGAGCGAAAAAAGAGUUGAUGAUGGAGAAAUGCACCAGGUUGUAAUUAAACGCGACGGUAAAGAAGCUACACUUCAAGUUGGAUUGAAUGACAUAGGUCGCAAAACGAUUGAAUCACUUCGGAAUUUCAGCCUUUUGACCGGCAAUAUUUUCAUUGGCGGUGCUCCGAAUAUCAACAAAUUAACCGGUUACCGUUAUAAACAAGGAUUCAAAGGUUGCAUUCACCUUAUACAAUCCAUGCAAGAUUCAUCAUUGCAAGAUGUUGACAUCCACAGCAGUGUUGUCGCUGGAUAUGAUGUUGAUUCGUGUUCUAUUUUCAACUAGGAAAAGACAUUUCCUUUUCAAAACAAAGAAAUCAAAGACAAGAAUUUUUAAUGGAAAAAAAUCAUUUCUUCUGUUAAAUUCAUUGAAUAAUAAAGAUUUGUUUCCAACUAAAA